AUGAAGACUCCUACAAUCUCAUCUGUGAUAGGAAAGUUGACAGCUAAAAAUAGCAAAGAGUUAUUAGUGAGAUCACAUUUAGAUCCAACCAAAAUUCUUCACAAUGUAGCGUGCAUCGAUGGUAAAGAUGAUAGCACCAUUGAUACCAUUUGCAAAACAGCAAAUUAUGGAUUUGUGGAAUGGUCAGCUAGAAGUGUCCAGCAGAGAGCAGAGAUCCUUGGUAAGGCUGCUGAGAUUCUAUCCGAAAGGAAGAGAUCAUUUGUAGAUGCACACUUAGAAAUUGGUGGACCGGUUUGGUUCGCCAAUUUCAACGUAGAUGGUGCCAUUGGUCAACUAAAACAGUAUAUUGCGUGCAUUUUAUCACAGCAAGAGGGCCAGGUACUUCAGUCUAAUGCAACUGCUUUGGCAUUGACCUAUAAAAGACCAAUUGGUCCCGUGCUAUCAAUUGCUCCAUGGAAUGCACCUGUAAUUCUUGGCAGUAGAUCGAUUGCAGCUCCAUUAGCAGCUGGAUGCUCAGUAGUGUUGAAAUCGUCAGAGAAGUCCCCACUAUUAUCUUUCUUAUUAGUUAAAUGUUUCCAUGAUGCUGGAGUCCCUCUGGAUACUUUACAAUUGAUUAAUGUAACUCCGGAUGAUUCACCAGAUUUCACAAAGAAGAUGUUGUCAGACGAUGCUAUUCGAAUGGUGAAUUUCACGGGAUCUACAGCAGUUGGACGUCAAAUUGCAAUCGCUGCAGCUUCCAAUUUAAAGCCCACUCUAUUAGAACUAGGUGGUAAGAAUUGUAUCAUCGUAGAGUCAGAUGCUGAUUUGCAGAAAUGUGUUCCAGCGAUACUCCAAAAUUCCUGGUGGCACCAGGGACAAAUAUGCAUGAGCUCAGAUAAAGUUUACGUUCAUAGUGAUAUCUAUAAGGAAUUCAUAGAAUCUUGUCUCUCAUUGGCCAAAAAGGAAGUUGAGUCCAACCAAGAUUUAAAGAUACCUUUGAGAGACAAAGUGGGCUCAAAGAGAGUAAACGAUUUAGUAAAAGAUGCGGUGUCCAAGGGAGCUACUAUCAUCUUUGGUGAUUAUUCGAAGGAGUUUUCAAAUAAUCAAAUCUCUCCUUUAAUUCUUGAAGGGGUUACUUCUAGUAUGAAGAUACAUUCUGAAGAGAUAUUUGGACCUGUAUUUUGUGUAUAUAGAUAUGAUGAUAUCAAUUCUGCAGUUGAUGAGGUUAAUCUGAGCAAACUUGGUUUGAAAGCAUCUGUGUGGGCAAGGGAUACUUUGAAGGCAAUCGGAAUUUCUAAAAAGAUUCAAUGUGGUGGAGUCCAUAUAAAUAGAUCUUGUGUCCAUGAUGAGCCUACAGUGCCACAUGGUGGAAUUAAAUCAAGUGGUCAAGGUAGGUUCAAUAGUAGUUGGGGUAUAGAUCUGUUUUCCUACACUCAGGCUGUGACAGUUGGUUAG